UGAUUCCAGUACAGAAAGACUCUUCAGAAGCUGACUGACUAGGGCAGAAGCAGGAAGACACUACACAUCAGAAGGAGGGACUUCAUGAUGGAAGAAUGCAAGGAAGAUCAGCUGGAUUUUGAGUCAGAGAAAAUGGAAAUCUUAAGAUUGGCCCAGUCAAAAAAGAAUAUUAUCAGUCUGAACAUGGACCUUGAAAAGGAUAUGCAGAGAAUAGAUGAAGCAAAUCAGGAACUUCUCCUCAAAAUCCAUGAGAAAGAAAGUGAGAUCCAGAGUUCUGAAAGUGCCCAUGAUGGGUCCUCAUGGAGCGUGCUUGUGUCACCCAGGCUGGAAAAUGAGAUCAUGCAAAUUGGAGACUCAGCAGAAGAUGAGGAGUGGGAAAAGGAGAACUGUACCACCAUGGAAAGGGAAAGAGCCUUGCAGGAAUUGGAAGAAGAAACAUCCAGACUUGAAAGGAAAAAUGAGACUCUGGUCCACAGCAUAACAGAGCUUCAAAGAAAGCUUACAAGGAAAUCUCAAAAGAUAACCAUGAGUGAACAAGGCAAUCUAGAUGGAACCCCUGAAGAGUCGAAGGCUAAAUUACAGCAGCUGGAAGCUUCCUGUGCAGACCAAGAGAAAGACUUGGUCAAGGUAAUGGAGGACUUUACAUUUGUGGCCCAGCUCUGUGAAGACCAAGCUAUCUGCAUAAAGAGGUACCAAGAAACUUUGCGGAAAAUACAAGAAGAACUAGAGACUCGGUUCCUUGAGAGAGAAGUAUCAAAAGUCUUGAGCAUGAAUUCUGCAAGAAAAGAGUGUAGCAGCCAAAGCAAUGAGGGUAAUUCUAAUGGAAAGAGGGUAAUACAGUUUGGUAAAAGAAUCUCCCGCUAUGUCUUUUUCACCACCCUAUUUUUCAUCAGACUGCUUGGCUAUGUGUUUUUCCACUUAAGUUUUAUAAACCCAGAUCUCCUUGUCAACAUUCUGCCCAAGAUACUGAACAGGGGUAUCCUGUGGAAGCUACGAUGCAUCCUCUUCCCAUCCCUCACACUUGAGACAGAGGACAUGUUGCCUCAUUGAGCCCCGACAAACGUCCUGAGCAGCAGAGGCGAGUGUAGAAGAGAGAUGAUUCUUGUGGAGCCAAGAGGAUGUGUUCAGAUUUCCCCUUAAGGUUUGCCUAUCUGACCACUUUCCCUCUCCAUGUCACCUUUCCAAGACUAACUUUGCCCAGUAAAGAGCUCUAUCAA